AUGAUAAUGUUCGUCGGAGAGGGAAUCGGAAAAACAGUCAUCAAAGCAAACCGCAAUACCGUUGAUGGCCGAUUGAAAACAUACGAAACAGCUACCGUUGGCGUGAGUGGUAAUGACUUCAUAGCUAAGGGCAUAUCUUUCGUGAACUUUGCCGGACCGAAGAAACAACAAGCCGUGGCAUUGCGAAGCAGCUCUAAUCACUCUGCCUUUUACCGAUGCGCGUUUGAAGGUUACCAAGACACUCUAUAUGUCCAUUAUGGUCAACAAUUCUACAGAGAAUGUGACAUAUCUACAAUCGAUUUUAUAUGCGGUAAUGCGGCUGUCGUGCUCCAAAAUUGUAGCCUUUUUGCUCGUAAACCACUUCCGAACCAGAAAAUCGUAUGCACCGCUGCCUCCGCGUUGAAGUCUACCAACAUCCCAUUUCAUCUUUUUUUGUAA